AUGAGAGCUGGUGGGGGUGUAGUAUGAAGGUAGAGAGGUGGAGAGUCAACACGAGAAGAGAAUUGGCAUUCAAGGUAAUUUCCUCGUCGGACUAAUGAGACAAAGCUGCAGAUUUCAGGCCUGAAGUGAGCGAAGAAAUGGCAGAAAGGUAAAGAUGACGUCCAGGAAAACAUUUAGAACUGAUCGCCAUCAGAUAUGAGCUGCAUUCAUAACUUAAGGCUUUACAGGAGAAUGAGGAAGACAUUUGUUUGUGAUGAAUCGAUGAUCAUCACCAUCCCCAUCGCCAGCCUGAGGAAAAUUCAGGAGGGUCAACUGAUGCCAGAGAACUUCCACUGCGUGUUCAGGGAUAACUUCAAGGUGUUUGCUGUUAGAGGAAAGCCGAGGCCGCUGGGGGCAGCACAAGCCAUUGCUGGUGUAUUUCUCUUCACUCUUGGAUUGAUUUCCAAAGAGUCCACCUUAAUUGCCUUCAGUGUUUCAAGUGUUCUUUUUUUGAUUUCUGGAAUGCUGUCCUUUGCUGCUGGGAAAUGUCCAAACAUGCAUGUGACCAAGCUGUCCUUCUCUCUGAACAUCAUAAGCUUCUUCUGGUCACUGGUAGCUUUUGCUCUCUGUUUGUUCUGGCUUAAUAUUUCUUCCCAUGGUCCGAAUCAGCGACAGUUUCAUCAUGGUAUCAUUGGCCUGAUCAUGACUCUGCUGUUCUUUCAAUGUGCGAUGGCGAUCUUCUUGAUCUACUGGUUGAGUAAAGCUGUAUGCAGAGAACAUUACAACACCUUGCCCACCAUAAUGCUGAAGCAGGAAGACUGAAUGAUAAAGACAGAACACAACCAGAAAUGAUCCACUCCUGUGAACGUGUCUGUUUUCUAGACUAAAGUUUAACAGACUGGCGGCAGCGUAUUGUUUAUCAGUUCAGCUGCGCAUGGUAGCAUUACAUUAGAAAAGGUGUUGUUUAACUAAUGUAUAUAGGCAACAACUUUACAGUUCCUUAACAUUUAUUUCAACCUUUAAAAAAAAGAAACUCAUUGCUCCUCUUCCAAAAAAGGGCAAAAUAUGUGGAAAAAUGUUUCAGUUUGGAAAUUAUAGUGUGUUUUAUAGGUAUGAACUGAGAAUCCAGAUAUACCUUUUUUGCCAUUUUAACAGCAAAAAAAAACAAUUCUGUUACUCUCUUGACCGUAUUUUGUUUCUUUGUACAGGAUGUUCUUGUUUGCUAUUGUUAAAGUAGAAUAUAGAUAGUUUGUCACUGUUUUAGCUUCUCAUUGAACAAGAGCAUUUAAUCUAAAUGCAACAUUUGAGUAUACAUGCAAAUUGUAUGUUAUUGAUAAUAUCAGUUUCGGGUUUGCUAAAGUUAAAACAGAUAUUAAAUUUGCUUGUUUGAGCAGAUAUGAUUUUUUUUUACUCUGCUCUUGCGGUGUCAGAAAAGAUGGCUGAACCACAUAAUGCAAUUUUUAACAGUUUUUUUUUUCUCCAACUGCUAUAGUAAUGCAAUGCACUUAAAAGGUAUUGCUUUGCUUUAUACAAGAUAAUAAAUGGGGAAAAAAUCGUAAUAAU